GUCCCCUGAAUUCGCGUUACAUUGGCGACAGUAAGACCCAGUGGAACCGCGGCUGAGUUGAUCGGGAUCCGUACGUUCGCUUUCCGAGGGAGAGCGACUCGAACGCUGAAUAAUGAAGCUGACUGCUCACACAAACGUCCACCUAAGAGGUGUGUAGCCGCGCAGCUUAACUCAGGGACUCGCGUUUACGGAUAACCUAAUCGCUGUCGGACCAAACCCACGUUGCAAAGACAUUCGUAGCGCUUAUCGGUGGGGGGGGGGCUGCCUUUAGAGCCAGUGUUUUCUGUACCCCACCUUUAGGCAGGCAAGUCGCAGCUCCACAUCUCGAAUCUGAAUCAAACCGUGUAGCAUAGCCCCAAGAGGAAGCAAUCGGAUUCAGCCGAGACGCUUGACAUGCUCAAAGUCACUAUGAUCACAUCUAGACCAGGGACAGCUCCAGAAUACUGGAUCGACGGCUCGAAGAAGGAGACGCUGGCGGACUUCUACGAGCUCGAGUCCGAAUUGGGACGGGGAGCCACGUCCGUGGUGUUCCGGUGUCGGCAGAAAGGCACGCAGAAACCCUACGCUGUGAAAAUGCUGAAGAAAACUGUUGACAAGAAGAUUGUACGAACAGAGAUCGGAGUGCUACUUCGCCUUUCUCAUCCAAAUAUAAUCAAGCUAAAGGAGAUCUUUGAGACACCUUCAGAGAUCAGUCUUGUCCUGGAGCUUGUCACUGGAGGAGAGUUAUUUGACAGGGUGGUAGAGAAGGGCUACUACAGUGAGCGAGAUGCAGCAGAUGCUAUCAAACAAGUCCUGGAGGCUGUGGCGUACCUGCAUGAAAAUGGUGUUGUUCACCGGGACCUGAAACCUGAGAAUCUCUUGUAUGCCACCUCAGCGCCAGAUGCUCCUCUCAAAAUAGCUGACUUUGGUCUAUCUAAAAUCAUGGAUGAUCAGGCAACAAUGAAGACAGUGUGUGGAACCCCUGGAUAUUGUGCUCCAGAGAUCCUCCGGGGAUGUGCCUAUGGGCCUGAAGUUGACAUGUGGUCUGUGGGAGUUAUCACAUACAUCUUAUUGUGUGGCUUUGAGCCAUUUUUUGAUGACAGAGGGGACCAGUACAUGUUUAAGCGCAUCCUUAACUGUGAAUAUGAAUUUGUCUCCCCCUGGUGGGAUAACGUGUCUCUCAAUGCCAAGGACCUGGUGAAGAAACUGAUUGUCCAGGAUCCAAAGAAGCGUCUGACAACACUGCAGGCUCUGCAGCACCCCUGGGUGACUGGGAAGGCUGCUAACUUCACCCAUAUGGACACAGCUCAGAAGAAGCUCCAGGAGUUCAACGCCCGGAGAAAGCUCAAGGCUGCUGUCAAAGCAGUGGUGGCCUCCUCACGGCUGGGCAGUGCCGGAGGCCAUGGCAACACUGACGGCAACAAGACCAACUGCAACCAUUCCUCCAUGCAGCAGGGAGGUGGGGACAAGCAGCCUGAGAAAGAGCCACCUGAGCUCCACAAUGAAGAUAUAUAGAUGCGCAUAGAGCUACACUAGAACAGGGACAUCAUCCUUCAAACAAAAUAAAAUGUUGCUUUUAACAGUGGGUUACAACUGAGACAGUGUGGUCCACCUCAUUAAAUGACUGAAAGGAUGGACUUUGUUCUUGGUUCGCACUGCAUGUGGGUGACUGGGUUUCUUUAGAAAAGUCCCUGGCAGACUCUGCAAAAAUCAAAACAAAACAAACUACACCGUUUAAAAUACAGACUCGUCUCAGUUUGGUAGGUGAACCCCCCCACCAGAAUAAAUAAUGCAUGAAUAAAUAGAAGGACGUAACAAAAAAAUUACUGGACAGUUUUUUUUAUGCACUAUAUCCAUGUCUCAACCAGGUUUAUGAACUUGAGCUGUGGUGCAAAACUGCAUAAGCAGUGAUACAAGUGGUCCAGUAAAAACACUGGGGACCUGGUUACCACAGACCUGUGCAAUGGACCUCCUGCUCCAUGGGUAGUUGUGCCACUGGGUGAACUGAAUGAUUUUCCUUGAAAAUAUUAUCAUUACACUUGAGUGUAUUAGUAUUCUCAUGAUUAGACUAUAGACCAACAGAACCAUCAAAUGACUAAUUUUAGGUUGGAGUAAGCUGCUUUGUCACAGAAACAUUUUUAAAUUGGAUUAGGUCUAUAUGCAAUAUACAGUACAUUUUGUUCAGGAUAUAAAUGGUAGUUUCCAUAUGAUCACUCGACUGAAAAUUUACCAGAGCUUCGAAGGAGAAUGCCUUAUUAUUAACCAGGUUUUUACUCUUUAUUGGACAGAAGUAUUUCGUAUUAUAAUAAUUAGAUUAGAUGCUGUGGUUUGCAUAAGAAUAGUAGAACAGUAUCAGCAGGAUUUAAGGCAAAGUUUGUUUUGUAUUAGCAGCAAAUUUUGUUUUUUAUUUUUGUAUGAAUCAACAUGUCUGUAUGGGUAAAACAAAACUGCAAGGGAAUUUAUAUGCACAAAUUGUCAUGUCCCCAGUGCCAAAAACACAAAGCCCAGUAUCUGCCAUGCUCAAAAGUUUUCCUUUCAUAUAUAUAAAAUGUUAGGCUAAAUGGCCUAUUAUAGUUUCGCAAACUUGACUCAAAGUUUUAAUGACUGAUAAGUUCCCAGGCAAAAAACAGUUUGAAAAUGUUUGAAUGUAAUGUACUUUAUAGCAUGCUUUUUAUGUAAAGUAUCAGGGAAUGCUGUCUAAGAAUUAUUUGAUAAAGACAUGCAAGGAAUGUAAUUUGCAUAUCCUGUACAAGAGAUGCUCUGCAUGUAGAGUGUUUAACCGAACUGCUGCAAUUGUAUUUUUAAAAAGCACUGUAUUUUAAUGACAUGAAUUGUAUUCUGUGGUAAAACAGUAUGAUGUUAAAGGCUGUUUGAGGGCCACCUCAUAUAAGAACAUGAAAGUGUCACAUUUAUUUAUCUGCCUGUUUCUACGUUGAGGGAUGCAUUUUAAGACAAACAGUGACACAUUAGUGGCAGAAAUAAAUGCAAAUAAAUCCAAAA